AUGCAGCACGAUUGGAUGCAAAUAUCAUUCUGGAAAUUGAAUAUUCGGCAUUCAAUCUCUGAUUUAUUGAUGUUGAAUGGGAAAUAUGCCAAUGAAUUGUUUCCGAAUGCACCAAAAACAUCACCAUCGAAAAUGACUUUAUUAAGAUUGUGUUUCGGUGGUAAUAAGAUUCGAAACAGAACAUUCCCACAGCAGUCAAACAAAACAAAUGAUGUUGAGAACAAAACACCUGUCAACAAAUUCUUCGAACAGUUGAUAGAAAUAGGAUUUUCUUCAAGUUGGAUUGAAUGUCGAACAAUCAUUUUGCAGUCCAAAUAA